AUGUUCGGAAGUCUCUUUCUGGGAGGAGCUCUCCGCAGCUCUCUCCGCAUGUCCCUACGCCGUCCUGUUCCUAUUCCCGUUCCCCUCCGUAGAUCUCUUCACCGUCCUCAGCACAAUCUUCUGAGAAGCUCACACUGGAUCACUGACCUGGACGCUGACCUGGACGCUGACCUGGACGCUGCCCUGGUCGACUCCCACGAAGUUUUUGAGGGAUAUCCCGGCGAGAGCUACCUAUACCUGCGCGGCUACAGAUACAGAUACGGUCCCGACCGGCGGUGUAAUGAUAUCGAGAUCGAUAUCUCGGUGGCGGACGUCAGCCGCUGCGAGGAUACCAAGGAGGAUACCGGAACUGAGGCCGAAGUUGAAGUUGUCAAGGCUCGGCCCGAUGAUGCAAGUGAUAAGUUUAGCCAGCUCCAUGCGGCGAUUGCCGCGCUCGUUGGUGAGUGCCGUCAGGAGAGGGAUGCUGCCCUCGUUGGCGAGUGCCGUCAAGAGAGGGAUGCUGCGGUUGCACUGGGAGAGCAUAUCAAGGGCGAGGCGCUUCGCCUGUUCGACGACAAUCUGCGUCUCCGCAGCAAGUUCAAUACGCGCGGUGCACUCGAACGGAUCGCCUUCCACGCCUCUCUGAACCAGUGCGUGCCGUACUCCUACGGGGAAGGUGAAGGAGUGCAGCGCACGCUCGAUGCUCUCGCGCAGCAGCCGGGGUUCUCGGCAAUCGUCAAGAAUGAGGCCGACGCGAGACAGCUCGUGUCGGAUCAUGUCGUCGCUUGUGCGCGCUUUUUGGUCUCCGAGGUCGCGAAAUACCUGGGCGGCAAUGAUGGCGUGGCGGUCGCUGUUAGAGCGAGGGAUUACUCCAGACAUGAGCUCACGGCGAUCGUAGCGUAUCUCAAGCUGCAGGAUACUUGGGAGAAUGCGUUGAAAUGGAGGGAGGAGUAGGAAGAGAAAGGAAGGGGA